AUGAGCAAUUACAUGAAACCAAGGGUGAGAAAAAAGUUCGGCGAAAAUGACAAAAAUGACGAAAAUGACGAAAAUGCUCUAAUUGAUGAAAACAGAAAAAAUAUUAGCCGUAGAAAUAGGGAGGCCACAAACAUCUAUUAUACAAACAAAAAGUUGAAUGAAAAGUUAAAGGGGAAAUCGAACGUAAUUACGGACAGUGGGGGAAAAACGCAGCUGUCUAGUAAGGAGGGCACUUACAUAAAGCAUAUAAGUGGUCAUACUGCCCAGAAAGAAGAACGCGAAAGGGAUGAAACUGAGAACGAUGCCAACGUAGGGACAAUGAAUGAUUCCGCACAGGCGGACGGAGUAACCAACGAAAAUGAUAAAAUAGAACAAAAAAAAAAAGAAAUUAAAGAAUUGGCCAACCUCUGCCUUGAAAAGAACUUAUCAGUUAAUAGCGAAAAUAUCCAAAUUGUCAGAAAAUUAAAAGAAAAAAGAAUGCUAGAAGAGAAAAUCAAUAAAAAUGAAAAUAUCAAAAAUUUACAAGAAAAGAGAAGAAUUUUGGAAGAAAUAGAAUAUCAUGAAUGGGCGGACAGGGAAAAAAGAAUAAAAGAAUUACAGGAAAAAAAAAUGAAGUUGUUAAAAAAAGUAAUGGUACAAAGAGACACAGAAAAGGCAGAUAAAAUAUUCUACGAGGUCGAAAAAAUUGUUCAAAAUAGAGAUAAAAAUAAGGAUAAAAUUAUCGAAAAUUUUGAAAAGGAAAAAGCAAGAGAUAUGAGAAAUUUAUUUGUAGAAAGAAAAAAUAAUCUCAAAACAAUUUUUAAUGAAAAAACAGACAUAGUCGAUCAUAUGAAUGAUCACACUUCAAACUACAACUUAGAACUGGAAAGAAAUGGAACCGUCCCAAAAAAAAUAAACGAAAGGACGUCAAACAAAAUUGACAACCUCCUCAACCUGAAUGACCUCAACGACUUGAACAUCGAUUUGGAUAAAUCGUCCAAAUACACACAGGGGAAAAAGAAAUACGACAAGUUCUCUAAAUAUGAAGAGAAAAAGAAUAAGCAAGUCAUUGACACGUUUUACAGAUAUUUAAAUAAAGAGGAAAGCAAAUACACUUCAAACGAAUACGUGUUGGGGGAAUCCAUCAAAACGCAAAAAAAAGCACAGUGCAUGAAAAUUAACUUUGCCUCGAUAGAGGUCAAGUCCAGUCAACAGGACAUUUUCGAAAAAAAUAUUUUACUGUUACAAAAUUUGCUGAGGGGUAAAGCCAUAAAAAUGUUAAUGAAUGAUGGGAAACAAUCUUAUAGCGAUUUAAUUGAAGAAUUAAAAGCGUACGAAAAAAUAGAUCAAAUUAGUGCAAAGGAAAAAGACCUAUUCGAAAAGGAAAAUUUUGAAGAAAUAAAAGUUGAUUCUUACUUAGAAAAUGUGCAAGGUAAAUACAUAUCCGAAUUGCUAGAUUCUUUAUCCAACGAAUUGGAGAAAUAUGAAGAAGAAAGGAAAAUAGCGGUGCUCGUCAAAUAUGCAGAAAGGGAAAGAAGAUUAAAGGAAUGCAAAGAAAAGGGAAAAAGACAAGCUGAGUUUUUAUUGAGAGAAAAGGAAGAUUAUAUAUUCAAUGAAAUCAUGGGACUAAACAAUCAAACCGUUGAUUCUUACUUGGAGGACAUUUUAAGUAAAGCAAUCAAUGAUGCAUCAAAGGAAGAAGCUCUGAUAAGGACCAAAAAAAAAGCUGAACAACUCAACGAAAUUUACAACUCAUUAGAUAAUAAUAGCGAUGAAAAUAACAAACUCAUAGUCAAAGAUCUGGUCGAUAAGCAGAGGGGAUUACAGUUUGACUUGUUAGAACAGAAGAAAAAUAACUGCGUGUCGAAUUUUGCAACACAGCACGUUUUUUCCAAAAUUAAUGAAGCUUUCUGA